UCGGGUCCAAAAUGGUAAAAUCCCCUCCCCGAACAAACCCAAUCGCCGGCCGGACCAACUGACCUGACCCCGGGCUGCGCCACCGGCGUCGCUCGCCGCGCCGGCGUUGACUCCCACACCACUGGCAAGUACUAAGCUGUCCACGGCCAAAUGCCGCCUCGCGCCUGCCCCGGCAGCAGCUCGAGACGCGCCGUCUACCUCCUCGUCGCGGCGGCCCCGUUCCUCCUCUUCCUCCUCUACGGCGGGAUCGCCUCGCCGUCCGCCCUCUGCCGCAGCAGCGGCUCCGCCCUCGCGUCCGGCCGCCGCAUCGCCUACCCGACCGUGCUCUGGUCCCGCGUGCCGCCCCUCCCGCCGCCGUCGCCCUCCGCCCCGCUCCCCUCCCUCCGCGGGCCCCGCUGGAUCGUCUUCUCCGCGUCGGCCCACCACGCGCGCCACCGCCCGCUGGCCGCCGCCCCCGGGUGGAAUCUCCUCGCCGUCGCCGACGAGGCCACUCCCCCCGGCUGGUCCCACCCGGGCGCCGCGCUGCUCACCCUCGCCGACCAGUCCCUCCUCGGCUUCCGCUCCGUCGCCUUCCUCCCCGGCCGCGGGCCCGCCCGCAAGGCCGCCGCCUACCUCUUCGCCUUGCAGCGCGGGGCGCGCGUCAUCUACGACGCGGACGUCCGCAACGCCGUCGCGGGGGACGGCAAUCUCACGAGGCACUUCGAUGUCGAUCUGGACCAGCGCCAAGGCGGCGGCUCCGUCCUGCUGCAGUACAGCCACGCAGAUCCUAACCGUACGGUCGUGAACCCGUACGUGCACUUCGGGCAGCCGUCGGUCUGGCCGCGGGGGAUGCCGUUGGAGAAGGCCGGGGAGGUGGGUGCAGAGGAGUUCUACACGGAGGUAUUCGGCGGUGCGCAGUUCAUACAGCAGGGGCUUUGCAAUGGCCUCCCGGAUGUUGAUGCCGUCUUCUACUUCACGCGGAAAUCGUCGGGGAUGGAGGCUUUCGAUGUGCGCUUUGAUGCGGAUGCACCCAAGGUUGCAUUGCCACAGGGCGUGAUGGCACCGGUCAACUCACUUAACACACUGUUUCACUCGCCGGCGUUCUGGGGUCUUGCAUUGCCGGUCUCGGUGAGCCCAAUGGCGUCAGAUGUUAUACGCGGCUAUUGGGCGCAGAGGAUAUUGUGGGAGAUUGGGGGUCAGUUAGUGGUCUACCCACCGACUGUGCACCGCAGUGAUAAUGUGCACGCUCAUCCGUUUGAUGAUGAGAAAGACAUCCAUGUCAAUGUAGGUAGGUUGAUAAAUUUCCUGAUGGAGUGGCGGUCGAAGAAACAGACACUCUUUGAGCGGAUUCUUGAUUUGAGUUAUGUGAUGGCAGAGGAAGGUUUCUGGGGAGAGAAGGAUUUGCAGUUCAUGGCUGCGUGGCUGCAAGAUCUGGUCGCUGUUGGGUACAGGCAGCCAAGGUUGAUGUCAUUGGAGAUUGACCGUCCGAGGGCGAUCAUUGGGCAUGGAGAUAAGCAGGAGUUUGUCCCCAAGAAGCUGCCUUCUGUCCAUCUUGGGGCUGAGGAGAUUGGGGAAGUAAGCACAGAGAUUGGCAAUCUCAUAAAAUGGAGGAAGCACUUUGGUGAUGUUGUGCUUAUAGUGCAUUGCACUGAACCUGUGGACCGGACUGCACUCGAAUGGAGGCUUCUUUAUGGCCGGAUAUUCCGGGCAGUGGUUAUUCUUUCAGAGCAAGGCAAUUCUGAUCUUGCUGUUGAAUUUAGCAACUUGGCACAGGCUUACAAGUACCUGCCCAAGGUGUUUGAUCGCUUUGCGGGUGCUGAAGGAUUUGUAUUCCUUCAGGACCAUAUGGUCCUAAAUUAUUGGAAUCUUUUGGAUGCUGAUAAAUCUAAGCUCUGGAUAACCUAUAAGGUGAAGGAAUCAUGGUCAGAUGUCUCUUUUCAUGGGAAUGAAUGGUUCACAAACCAAAGAGAUAUGGUAAAGAAGGCGGUUGGCAGUUUUCCAUUUCAUUAUCAAGCCAAUUACAAAAGAAGUGUAGGUGAAGAUAAGAUAAUUCAUUGCAGCAGUGAGAUAUUCUACAUACCUCAACGGUAUACUGGUGUCUUCUCUUCUCUCGUAAAAGUUACUGGAAACCUUGACAUCCAUCACACUAUCGCAGUCCCCAUGUUGUUCCUCGCAAUGGAUCUACCGAGCAAUUUUGAACCCAAAGCUUUGGGAAAACUUGUUUAUAGGACAAACUUGCCAUCAAAUACCACUUUCUCUGCAAUAUACACUGCUGAAGCACAUGCAGUGUACCCUAUGAAGGUUCAGAACGAAAUUGAUUUUGUAAAUCUAAUCAGAGUCAUGGCUUCAGGAGAUCCUUUUCUUCUGGAGUUGGUCUGAUCUAGGAGUCUGCUGAAGUUGUAUACUUCGGGUUUGGAAGGGAAACAAAGCAAAAAACUGUUAAAAAAGCAUUGGUUUGUUCUCCUUCAUCCUCCCUUUGAGCUGUAAGUUCGAUUUGACAACCUUGUUCUCAAGUACAGCUAAUCCAGUCCUACCUGAUCUCAUUUUACAUGUACAAUUAGAUGCCACAAAGUUAGUUGUCAAGUAUGGGAUGCUCACAGUUCAUGUACUACAGUAUUCUCAUUUUUCAACAUGCUGUUAGUCCCCA